CGUCUGUCUCUUUCUCCGCGCCGCUAACCUAACAUAACCUCUCCUAACCUCAAAACUAAAGUUGUAAAAGUCAAAAAAUUUUAAAAUUAAGCAGCCAAAUUACAAAUAAUGGACUCCUCAUCACUCAACAGUCUAUCCGGAGCGCAAAAGGAUGAGUUAAUGGAUCAAGUCAAACAACAAAUAGCGGUCGCAAACGCCCAAGAACUAUUAACUAAAAUGACGGAGAAGUGCUUUAAAAAGUGCAUAAACAAACCAGGGACGUCGUUAGACAGCUCGGAGCAGAAAUGUGUCGCGAUGUGUAUGGACAGGUACAUGGAUUCGUGGAAUUUGGUGUCGAAAGCCUACAGUAUGCGAAUUCAACGAGAAAGAACUAACAUGUAGACUAUUCCAGUUUGUAGCGGAGUUGUAGAUUGUUUGUUACGGUGGUGCAAAGUUCAUGAUCUGUAAAUAUGGACUGCAACGGUUUUAUUAUUUUGUAGCCACUAAACCCGUUAAUAAAAAUGAAUUCUCAAGUAAAGCGA